CUUCCCAGGGUGCUUUCUGGGGCCUCAUGUUCGGGCUGGUAGUAGGUGGCAUUCGAAUGAUCAUGGAGUUUUCCUAUGGUGUGCCAUCCUGUGGCGAGGAGGACCCAAGACCAGCUGUGCUAAAGGACGUGCACUACCUGUACUUUGCCCUCAUUCUCUGCGUGCUCACGGGCAUCGUCAUUACCCUAAUUAGUCUCUGCACCCCACCAAUCCCAGAGGAAAAGCUGGCUAGCCUGACGUGGUGGACUAGACACAGCAAAGCUCCCACAAUUGACCUGGUAAGCUACAAGAGCGAGUCGGCGGCGGUAAAUCCUCCAGUGGGCGAGACUGAUGGGGAUGAGCCGACCUGGGAGAACACGGAUUCAGGGAGCAAAGAACAUGGAGCAGCGAGCUCUCCUUGCUGGAAGAAGUUAUACUUCUGGUUUUGCGGGAUCUCCAGCAGCCCAGGACCCACGCUGACCAAGGAAGAGAAAGCAGUCCUGGAAAGGAAACUCACCAGCAUUGAGGAAAAGCCCCUAUCAAAGACUCUUUGCAACAUUAAUGCUAUAAUCCUACUAGCUAUUAAUGUCUUUCUGUGGGGUUACUUUGGCUGAAGACAGGGCUGCAGACAGUCCACGGCUGGCUUGGCUUUGAUUUAGAAUAUCGCAGUAAUGCUUAGAGACGUCAAGCAGGUCAGGGCCACAUUGUUCUAGGGGCCAUGAACACAGUAAAUGGAAUUCCCUGCCCCAGAGAGCUCACAAUCUAGAAGACCAAACCUAGCGGGCAGGAAUAUCGUAUUUACCAGAGAGGGUUUUUAUCAGGUAAAAUCGUGGGGUUUUGUCACCUAGGGAAAAAUUAGUUGGGCCCAAUUUAUGAUAUUUUCUAUUUUUAAAAUUGUUUUAUCAUCAUACACAUCACACUUAGUCGUAGUUACAUAUUCAAAUUGCAUUACAGAGUCAAAUCAGGCACUAGAUUAGGAGAUUAAUGUAGGGUUGGACAAAUAAACAAGUAAAAUUGCAGUGAGCGUAAUACUAAUAUAUGUAAUUCUAAUAGGGUCAGAAUGUCUGUAAACAACUUAGUUUGGUAUUUUCUCCAGGAAGUGAUACAGGCCAUGACACCUGUCUGUUUUCAAUAUUAUAUAACCCGAAGUCAAAAACAUUCAGUGACAGUAACGCAGAGUUGUAGCCAUGAAGCAUUAAGCAAUCCGAAGCAUGCAGCGCUGUGGACAACCUGAACCUGUUUCUCAGUUUUGAAUGGAGGUAUCCAGUCUGAAAAGAUCCAUGCUAUGCUUGCUGAACUUGUUGGACACUGGUGGACUUGCACCACCAGUUCUGUGAAGUCAGAGGGAAUCUCGGCCGUUUUCAGAUUUUUUCCACCAUGUGAAAGUGGAAACUUUUUCCUUGAUAGCGGGUGAAAACGUCAAUUUUGGUUACAGUGCGUCAUCUGUGUUAAAUGCAAGUAAAUAUGGCAGAAAGUCGCAAUUUCUUCUUGUUCCAAGGACACAUUUCUUGCCUGCGUAUUUUGGAUGAAGGAGGUCAGCCAACAUUUGUAAUUGCCUCAUGAAAUCUCUUUGGUACGUCUGCUUUAUGUGGGGCAAGAUCUUCAUUUAUCAGUAAAUCCAACCGUCCGUCUCAUG